AGGCUGUUUUCCGCGAGCUGCUUGAAAAGCCAUGUGUUGCGCUCGCGCUGCGUCAGAUUACCUCCCUGCCGCUUCUGCAACAUGUACAAGACGCGAGUGCAAGCUAGUUUAAAGAGGAAGCCAUAAAAACAGCAACUCUGAAAUGAGGAUGGCCGUGUUGGCAAAUCACAAACUUUGGAGAUCCGUGGAUUAUUGCGCAUCGGUUCUUUUACCACUGGACAAGCAGCAGAGAGUGACAGACAGACUCAUGACAUCCUAACUAACGUUAUGGUCUGAAGGUCUCUCUCAGUCAAGUGAGCAGCAAUGGAUUCGCUGUAUAUCGCUAUUGAGCUGCUGAUCGCCGUGCUGUCUAUCUCCGGUAAUGUGCUGGUGUGCUGGGCUGUGGCCAUCAACUCCACUCUCAAGAACGCCACCAAUUACUUUCUGGUGUCUCUAGCCGUGGCAGAUAUUCUGGUUGGAUGUCUUGCCAUCCCUUUUGCCAUUACAAUAAGCAUUGGUCUGCACUCAGACUUUUACGGAUGUCUUUUCCUGGCGUGUUUUGUUCUGGUACUGACUCAAAGUUCAAUAUUUAGUCUUCUGGCGGUUGCCAUCGACAGAUAUCUGGCUGUAAAAAUCCCCCUGAGGUAUAAGGAGCUUGUCACAGGGAAAAGGGCAAGAAAGAUCAUUGCUAUUUUAUGGAUCUUAUCCUUCAUCAUUGGACUCAUCCCAUUCGUGGGCUGGAACCGUAAGGACUUGGCAUGUUUCAGAAAUGAAAGCAGCUUUACCCAGACUAGCAAUAGCAGUGACGCUGCGGAGAUGGAAACGGGCUUCCUGCAAAGCUGCUGCCUUGAGUGCUUCUUCGAGAAAGUGGUGGACAUGAGCUACAUGGUGUACUUUAAUUUCUUCGGUUGCGUGCUGCCACCUCUGCUCAUCAUGCUGGGCAUUUACGCCAAGAUCUUCACGGUGGCACGGAAACAGCUGCGUCAGAUCGAGCUCAAAUGCAGCGUGAGUAACGGUGAGAAUCAGCACCACGGCCUGCUGCAGCGGGAGAUUCGCGCCGCCAAAUCACUCUCCAUCAUCGUGGGGCUGUUCGCUCUCUGCUGGCUGCCCGUGCACAUCCUGAACUGCCUCACUCUCUUCUACAGUGAGCUGAAAAAGCCCAGCUUCAUCAUGAACAUCGCCAUCAUCCUCUCGCACGCCAACUCCGCCGUCAAUCCCAUCAUCUACGCCUACCGUAUUCGGGAGUUCAGAUUCACUUUUAGGAAGAUUCUGAACCGCCAUUUCUUCUGUCGACGGGACGAGUUGUAUCGCAGCUCCACUGGAAGCAGCUGUCACAGAGACCAGAUUACAAUGACUAUUGACCCUCUGCUUUAGACAGCUUGCUCAAAAUAUGAGAGAAAUGUUUACAGCCCAAAGAACUGCAAACAGCUUGAUCAUGUAUUGAGAUGACGUCUAGCUUCAUGAAGACAUUUUCAGAAUUUAACAUUGAACUGUGAAAAGAAA